AAAAAAAAAAAAAAAAAAAAAGACUCCCCCCAAUUUCUGGAUCACGGUUGGGGAGGGCGAGGUCUGAUUGGCGGUGGUCAUUCGCCCAGUGAGGAGGUCGGCUCAGGGUAAAGUCCCAACCGCCAUGGCGACAGUCAAAACCCGCCUAGGCAGACCUCACCAAGCUCGCCCGCAAGGCGCUGGCUAUUAUUCUGUACAGGAUAUACUUGUCAUCGAUGGGUUGAAUCAAGAAAGAUGGGUGGUGACAUGGAGCUUUGCGGAGACUCUCGGCUAG